AUGGAUGGUGACGAGCCAACACAAGCCGCCACGCAGCAAAUUGUCGACCCGCGCCGCGUCGGGCAGCAAAACACGGGUUUCACCGACGACGAAAUAUCCGACAUUGUCUGCAUUCUGUACCCGCACUCGGCAUCGGCUAGGCAAGAGGUGCAGCGCCUGGUCCGCGACGAGUCGCCCUUCAUCAUCGGCCGGGACGCAGCCGACGGCGUCGAGCCCAACUACGACCUCGAGGACCGCGCGAGCCAGUUCGACUCCCACAACCAGAGCGGCGUGGGCGCCGCCCACGCCAUCAUCCUGCGCCUGUCCACCGUGCCCAAGAAUCCAGCCGCGGGCUUCGCCUUUGGCCGCAACCCGGGUCGCUGCGACGUCGUCUUUGCCAACGACCCCCUGCGGCGCGUCAGCAACAUACACUUUCGCAUCUAUGUCAACGAGUUUGGCAACGUCAUGAUUGAGGAUCAGUCGACCAACGGCACCUUUGUGGAUAGUAAGCUGCUCGCGGCCCGCGCCAAGCAGGGCGCCCCCAGCCGCUGGGUCCUGUCCUCGGGCUCGGUCAUCAACAUCUUCCUGCACGACGAGGUGCGGGACCUGACGUUUCGGGUCCGGAUACCGCGGAGAGAGGGCGCAUAUGAGCAGGUAUACCAGCAAAGGGUCGAGGCCUAUUUUGCGCGUCACAGGCUGCCCAUGGAGGGUGGCGCGCCGCCCGUGAACCCCCCGACGGCGGCGGCGACGGCGGCGACGGGGGAGCAGCUGCAUGUUGAUCUGUUCAGGACGGCAGGACAGCCAUUGAUGCACCGGGGGGAGGGGGUGACGCAGGCGGCGCCGCCGCGCAUGGUCAAGCAGGCGAGCACGCGCGAGUGGACCGGCUCGGGCAAGUACAACAAGGUGCGGCAGGUGGGCAAGGGAGCCUUUGCCGUCGUGUACAAGGUAACGGCGAAAUAUGAUGGCCGGCCAUACGCGGCCAAGGAGCUCGAGAAGCGGCACUUCAUCAAGAACGGCGUGCUGGACCAAAAGGUGGAAAACGAGAUGCGCAUCAUGCAGCGACUAAAUCAUCCCAACAUUGUACGAUAUAUUGAGAAUUUUGACUGGGAUGAACGCUUGUUCAUCAUCAUCAUGGAGUUUGUGGCCCACGGCGACCUCGGCAAGCUCAUUCAUGACAAUGGCCCCGAGCACGGGCCCAUGAACGAGCGAACCACGCAGGUGCUCGCGGUCCAGCUGCUAUCUGCCCUGCGCUACCUACACAACUUCAACAUUACACAUCGUGACAUCAAACCCGACAAUAUCCUCAUCAGCUCGCUGGAGCCGCUCGAGGUCAAGCUCACCGACUUUGGCCUGUCGAAAAUGAUUGAUAGCGAGCAGACGUUUCUGCGUACCUUUUGCGGCACACUGCUGUACUGCGCGCCCGAGGUCUAUACUGAAUUUCUCGAGUACGACGAGAACGGAUACCGUACGCGGGGUAGGCCGUCGCGGCGCGCGCCGGGCCAGCGAUACAGCCACGCGGUCGACAUCUGGUCUCUGGGCGGCGUCCUAUUCUACUGCCUCACGGGCGCUGCUCCGUACCCGGCGCGAUCGGUCGCAAGCCCGUCGGAGCUUCUGCACCGCAUCAUGACGACGGAGCUUAAUGUUGCGCCGCUGCAGCGAUAUAGCGUGUCUGAGGCGGGCAUUGACUUUAUUCGGGCGAUGCUGACGCGGAGACCGGAGCAUCGCGCGACGGUUGACGAGCUGCAGAACCAUCCCUGGCUCACCGAUUUCGGUGAGACGAUACAGGCGUCGCAGUCAUUUGACGAGGUGACCGACGAUGAAGAAUUUCCCGGCCAGGCGUCUCAGUUUUCUCAAGGGAGAUACGAAGAUGAUAGGGUUAGCGACUCUAUGGAUGAGGACUCGGACCAGGAAAAUCGGACUAUUGUUCCGGGAAGACCAGCGCCAAGAUUGUUUGGGGAGGUCGGUGUCUCGGCCAUUGGCAGCUCUGGUGUCAUUCCAGAAGAGUAUCUCAACUUGGCCCCUGGCAAUGGCAACCUACCUCUGCCUGGCAUGUCGGAUCCCAACGUCGACGAGGCGUACAACUCAGGCGAGUCUUGCUCCGACCGGAGUCCCGCGGGCCAUGCGCAAAACCCAGCUGGUCUGUCCAUCUUUCCCAACCAAUCGAUGGAUCAGCUGCCAAGUCUUGUGGAAGAAAUCGCCUCGCAAAGCCUCGGGGGUGAUGAUAAGAAACCUAAGCAGAGCGAGUCGUCGCCGCGCCGAUCAAUGACCUCGCUGGAUCUGAACUCUAGUAAACGAAAACCCCCGUCAGCCGAUACGAGCGACGAAUUUGACGAAAACAUGCCACCAGCCGGAAAGCCGACUAUCAAACGACUGCGAUCCGAUGGCCACGUGGACGCGCUGAUUACGGACGCGAUGUUGGACGAGUACAAGCUGCUGGCGAGCGUGCCACCCAUUCACUCGCUAGGGACUGGUCGAUCCAGCGACUGGCCGGUAAUUAAGGCACAGUUCUGGACGGAUGACAUAACCACGUGGCACCUCGAGUACCCAGAAAUGACGGAGCUGCAGCUGGCCAAGUUCAAAGACGCGGCGAGUCAGAGAAAGGAAGUCUUUCGUCCGGGCCAGACGCCUCUCUGGGAACUGGCCAUGAAGUACUUUCCGCCGACGCCGCGACCCAACUCGCAGGCACCGAGCCCGGACAGUCCAACGCUGUCGCCUUACGAUAGCCUGCGGCACGGUGGAGCCGAAGCCCCGGCGACGGGCCCUGGUGACGGACUCUCGCAAGAUGGUACGCAGGAGGGCUUUUCGCAGCUCGUGGUGCCGAUUCCCACUACGGAGAUGGCGGCCAUGAUUGAGAGCGACUUGACGUCGUGUAUACGAGACAUUUCGAUUCCCAUCACAGAGCCGCUCGUGUCGUUUGGACGUGGGCCGGAAAACACAAAGGUUUACGAGCACAAGGCGGUGACCAAGGUGCCGAAGUACGCGUUCAAAGUGUUGCUCUGGAAAGACGGCUACGACCCGGGCAAGUUUGACCUCCCGUGGCGGUCUGAUGUAAGCGAGGAAGACGCAAAGGACUUUUUCUUUUGGAUUUCUACAAAAGCAACCAAUGGCAUCCGCAUCAACGGCCGACAGCUCAGCUCGUCCACGUUCAAAUCGCCACACGACCCCUCGCAGCACUGGACGAGGCUAUACAACAGGGAUUCCAUUGUCAUCUGGCACGACGGGUCCGGCAUCGAGGGCAGCGAGACGAAGCUGACGUUUCACUGCACAUGGGGCGGGUCCGCGCGGGUCCGGGAGACGACGCAAGGCCUGGAGCUGGCGUCGGCGCACGUCGCGCAGAAGCUGAACGCCGGGUGUCAGCGGUUCGAGAACCAGCGACCCAAGAAUCGGAUGCGGCGAAAGGACGAGGCGGACAUAACAGAAAGGCGAAAGAAUGUGGAGAGGGAGAGGCAGCGCAACGUGUGGUUCGAGGAGAAGAGGCAAGAGGCCGUCGCGUACUUUGCAGCGAGCCAGCUGCCGCCGGCAGCCCUGGGAUGGGCGUCGAGGAGGCACUCGCCGGCGGGUAUGACGAUGGCGGGGAGAAGUGCGGCGGAUUCGACGGCGAGAUUCUCGAGACGAUGA